AUGCAGGAAGCUCCCCUCCACCCGGCCCACCCCGUGCCCUUCGGCCCCAGACUGCCGGCCUUCCGCGAUCGCCGCCUCUGCCCCCCCACCGCCGGCGGGCCCUUCUUCUACGGCGGCUGCACCCCCUUCGUCCCGAGCCCCAGGCCGUCCCCGCUCGGGCGCGGCAGCCCCCCCUUCACCCCGAGCCCCAGGUCCUCGUCGCCCGGCACCCCCUGGUCCUCCUCGGCCUCUUCCUCCUCCGGCUCCCGCGUCGACGCGGCGGCCACGGAGCAUGGCCUGCGCAUGGCCCGCCUCGCGCUGCAGUACCAGGACUUCGCCAACCGCUACCAGCUCUGCCUCUCCCACCUCGCCGACGCCGCGCGCGAGGCCGCCGCCAUCCGCCACGACAACUCCGGCCUCCGCCUCGCCAACAACGUCCUCGCCAGCCGCUUCGCCGUGCUCGGCGGCAACCAGGCCUCAGCCGUCGCGCUGGCCGAGCAGCUCCACCGCCUCCGCCUCGGGCAGAUGCAGGCGCAGGCAGUGCCCGCUCCCCCGGUGCUGCCCAUGCCCAUGGCGCCGCGCCUCGCCUCCUCGGCCGAGAAGCUGCGCCCCCUCCACCCCGGGCAGAUGCAGGCGCAGGUCGUGCCGGCUCCCCCGCCGAUGCCCAGGGCGCGGCCCGCCUCCCCGGCCGAGAAGCACGCGGCGAUGCCCAAGAGCAUCUCCAUCCGCUCCAACGGCUACCUGAAGAUGGACAGGAACGGCAAGCAUCGCGUGACGGCGCCGGUGAACGUCGGCUCGCGCGUGUUCGUGGGCGUGGACGGCGCCAAGGCGGAGGAGCACCAGGGCCGCGGCGGGGAGAAGGGCGGUCAGGUCGCCACGGCUGCCGACGGGCUGCAGUUCGAGGUGUACAGCCAGGGCAUGUUCAAGACGGAGCUGUGCAACAAGUGGGAGGAGACCGGGGCGUGCCCGUACGGCGACCAGUGCCAGUUCGCGCACGGCAUCGCAGAGCUCCGCCCCAUCAUCCGCCACCCGCGCUACAAGACCCAGGUCUGCCGCAUGGUCAUCGGCGGCGCCAUCUGCCCCUACGGCCACCGCUGCCACUUCCGCCACUCCAUCACCCCCGCUGACUACAUCCCCCUCCUCCACCCCUGA